AUGGCGCUGCUGAGCCCGCGUGUUCCGCGGCUGCCGCUCGCCGCCCACUCCGCCGGCGCCGGCGUCGGAUCCCUCCUGUGCUGCGGCCGGGUUGCUGCCUCCGCUGCGCGAUGCCAAGUGACGGCGUCGGGAAGCGUGGCGGCGGGCUCCUCGUCGUCGUCGGAGCUGGAGGCCAUCCGGUGGGGCAGCGCCAAGCUGCAGGGAGCUCGCGAGGAGAUGGAGGACGAGGUCGUCCUCCGCCCCGACUCCCUCCUCCACGGCUUCUCCUUCGCCGCCGUCCUCGACGGCCACGCCGGUUUUUCCACCGUCCAGUUCCUGAGGGACGAGUUGUUCAAGGAAUGCGCGGCCGCGUUGGACGGGGGCGCGGUGCUUAACACCAAGAAUCUCGAGGCCAUCACGGACUCGAUCAGGCGUGCCUUUGCCACCAUGGACGCCAACCUCUCCACCUGGCUUCAGCAAAUGGAUAAGGAAGACGACUCUGGUGCCACGGCCACGGCCUUGUUUCUGAGGAACGAUGUCCUCGUUGUCUCGCACAUUGGCGACUCCUGCUUGCAGGUCAUAUCGCGUGGUGGAAGACCUCAGUCUCUGACAAAUUUUCAUCGACCAUACGGGAACAACAAAACAUCCCUUGAAGAGGUCAAGCGGAUUAGGGCAGCAGGUGGAUGGAUUCGUGAUGGACGCGUAUGUGGAGACAUUUCUGUAUCUCGUGCUUUUGGAGACAUAAGAUUUAAAACACGGAAGAAUGAGAUGCUAGUAAAAGGAGUUAAAGAAGGAAGAUGGACUGAAAAAUUCGUUUCACGAAUAAAAUUUAAAGGGGAUCUAAUAAUCUCUUCACCUGACGUAUCUCUGGUGGAGCUUGGACCAGAUGCGGAAUUUGUUUUGGUAGCAACCGAUGGCCUUUGGGAUUACAUUAAAAGCACUGAAGCUGUAGCUUUUGUCAGAGAUCAACUAUGUCAACAUGGAGAUGUCCAGCGGGCCUGUGAGGCGCUUGGGGAGAAAGCUCUGGAUCGGCGGUCACAAGACAAUAUUAGCAUAGUCAUAGCUGACUUGGGGAGGACAAACUGGCAGGAGUUGCCCGUUCCAAGGCCAAACGUGUUGUUGGAGCUAAGUCAAGCAGUUGCGACUGUAGGGGCUGUAUCAGUAGGAAUUUGGAUUUCAUCGCUUCUCACUUUGCAAUAG